CCAACCCCCCCCCCCCCCCACCCCCCCCCCCCCCAACACCCCCCCCCCACACCAACACCCCACCCCCACACAACCACCCCCACCCAACCACCCCCCCCCCCCCCCCCAACAACCAACCCCCCCCCCACCCCCCCCCCCCCCCACACCACCCCCCCACCCCCC